AGGGCACACGGUUGUGGGGGUUGGGAAAGGAGUGAGGCCUCUCCUCUUUGGUCGCGGGCUGGGGACCCCCUUCCCUGCAGCCAGCCCUAGUUUACUUCCGGAAGCGAAGCCGCUACCUCCUCCUCUGCUUCCGUGGGGGUCUGGGCAGGGGGCGACGGCCGGGUCGGUCCCGGGAUGAGCGCGUUGAUUUAAUGAUGCUUUGCAGCAAUUUCCCGAGUCUGAAAUUUUCUAUGUCUGUGUCCCAGAAUUUGCUAGGAAAUGGAGGAGUCUCCGCAAAAUGAUCUGAACACGAUGAGCCCUGAGGAAGAUGACCCUCCCAAGAGCACCAGCCCUCAGAUUUCUGUUAAUGAGUUUUCUUGCCACUGCUGUUACGAUCUGGUGAACCCCACCACCUUGAACUGUGGGCACAGCUUCUGCCGGCACUGCCUAGCCCUAUGGUGGGUCUCUUCGAAGAAAACAGAGUGUCCAGAGUGCAGAGAGAAAUGGGAAGGUUUCCCCAAAGUCAAUAUUCUCCUCAGGGAUGCCAUUGAAAAAUUAUUUCCUGAUGCCAUUAAAAUGCGAUUUGAAGACAUUCAGCAGAAUAAUGACAUAGUCCAGAGUCUUGCCGCCUUUCAGAAGUAUGGGAAUGAUCAGAUUCCAAUAGCUCCCAACGCAGGCCGAGCGCAUCAGCAGAGAGGAGGGGGAUUCUUUUCCGGAGUGCUCACAGCUUUAACUGGUGUGGCGGUGGUCCUGCUCGUGUAUCACUGGAGCAGCAGGGAAUCUGAGCAUGACCUCCUGGUCCACAAGCCUGUGACCAAAUGGACAGCAGAAGAAGUUGUCCUCUGGCUGGAGCAGCUGGGCCCUUGGGCCUCUCUCUACAGAGACAGGUUUUUAUCUGAAAGAGUCAAUGGAAGGCUGCUUUUAACUUUGACCGAGGAAGAAUUUUCCAGGGCACCUUAUACCAUAGAGAACAGCAGCCACCGGCGAGCUAUCCUCAUGGAACUGGAGCGAGUCAAAGCACUGGGUGUGAAGCCCCCCCAAAACCUCUGGGAAUAUAAGGCCGUGAACCCAGGCAGAUCCCUGUUCCUGCUGUACGCCCUCAAGAGCUCCCCGAGACUCGGUCUGCUGUACCUCUACCUGUUUGACUAUACAGACACCUUCCUGCCCUUCAUCCACACCAUCUGCCCUCUGCAAGAAGAUGGCUCCGGGGAAGACAUCCUCACCAAGCUUCUGGAUCUUAGAGAGCCCACGUGGAAACAGUGGAGAGAAUUCCUGGUCAAGUACUCCUUCCUGCCAUACCAGCUGAUGGCCGAGUUUGCUUGGGACUGGCUGGAGGUCCAUUACUGGACGUCACGGUUUCUCAUCGUCAAUGCCAUGCUACUCUCAGUUCUGGAAUUAUUCUCCUUUUGGAGGAUCUGGUCAAGAAGUGAACUGAAGACUGUGCCUCAGAGGAUGUGGAGCCAUUUUUGGAAAGUAUCAACACAGGGGCUUUUUGUGGCCAUGUUCUGGCCCCUCAUUCCUCAGUUCAUUUGCAACUGUCUAUUUUACUGGGCCCUGUACUUUAACCCAAUUAUUAACAUUGAUCUCGUGGUCAAGGAGGUUCGACGGCUGGAAACGCAGGUGUUGUGACUGACGCUACCCAGGCUCUGAGGGACUCUUCCAGCCUCCCUGCCCUCGGAGCUCUGAUGCUGAAGUGGGGGAGAGGAGGCGGGGGGAGGGGGGCGGACUUCCUGUUUUCUGCUGCUUUGUCUGUUAGAGGCUACAGCCAGGCCCCCUCUCCCCCUGCCUGUGGCAGCAGGGGCCGCAUCCCAGAGCUCGGCCACAGCAGCAGCCCCUCCCACCCAGCCGCCUUCCUCACAGGGACUCGGGAGGCCCAGUCCACGAUGUUUGGCAAGGACCCCGGGUCCUCAGAGGACAUGGAGUGGGUCGCAGUCCCACUUGCCCUAACCUCAGUGACUGACAAAAGGCUCCUGCAGUGAGUCGGAGCCCCAAGAGUGAGCCCAAGCCAGGCCUGUCCUCUAAGUCAGGUUCGGAAAAACAGGAGAAAGUCUUGUCAUAGGCAUAGGUAGCCGCAUGUAAAAAAACACAGAGGAAAAACCAAAACCCGUCAGCAAUUGUCUUCAUUGAAGAGUUGCUAGAAGGUAUCAGAGUUAAACCUCUCAGAGGACUCAGUGUGAGGCCAGAACGCAGACUUAUUAUCACUCUUCUACGUGUAAUUGAAAAUGUGGAUCCCCUUCUCUGGGAGGAUUAGAGUGGGAUGUCAGGCAGUUAAUGCAGAGUAAUUCACAUCAGGCUGAGCUGCCUCAGUGCUACUUAAAAUUGUUGUUUCGGGGUUUGCUUUAUCUUGUUUUGAAGAAUUUAAUCUGUAAAAUCCAGGAUAGUCCGUUGUUCAAGGAAACAUUUUGUACAUUGACCUCACACUGUAUAAUCUUUAUUGUCCUGUUCAAAUGUAUAAAGCGGCAAGUAUAAUUACA